CCCCAUUCUUGACUCUCAUAGACUAGUUGUUACAGGCUAAAAAUGUCAGCCAAACCCGUCCGCGAGUAUGACGCCAAGCUUCUGCUUGCAUAUUGGCUCGAGCGCGCCCCCGCCGUCGACGCGAAUGCCACCGUCAAGACCAACUUUGUCUACCCGUCUUCGAAAGUUGCUCAGGUUUCAUGGGAUGCCGAAACCGAUGCUAUCACUCCUGACACUCAGCUCCCUGGCUGGGUCUUCAACACAAAACUCGUCGCCAAGCCUGAUCAACUCAUCAAGCGUCGUGGCAAGGCCGGCCUCCUUGCUCUCAACAAGACUUGGGACGAGGCAAAGGAUUGGAUCCAGCAGCGCGCUGGUAAGCCCCAGAAGGUCGAGUCUGUCACCGGCACUUUGAACAACUUCAUUCUCGAGCCCUUCCUCCCGCAUCCAUCUAACACCGAGUUCUACGUCUGUAUCAACUCGCAACGCGAGGGUGAUGCCAUCCUCUUUACCCACGAAGGCGGUGUCGAUGUCGGCGACGUCAAUGCGAAAGCCCUUGUUCUCGACCUCCCGGUCGGAGCACCUUUCCCCUCGCGAGAAACUAUCAAGAAGACUCUACUUGUACAUGUGCCUGAGAGCAAGAAGGAGACUCUGGUCGACUUCCUCACACGGCUCUACUCUGUCUACGUUGAUCUCCACUUUGCUUACCUCGAGAUCAACCCCCUGGUUUGUCUCGAUGGCGAGAACGGCGGCGAGCCCGCUAUUCACUACCUCGACAUGGCUGCCAAAUUAGACCAGACCGCUGAGUCUAUCUGUGGUCCCAAGUGGGCGAUUGCUCGUGAUCUGACCGUCUACGAACCUGGUUCUCAGGUCACCACCAGCAAGGGCAAAACUGUGUCUGCCGACCGCGGUCCUCCAAUGGUCUGGCCUGCUCCCUUCGGUCGCGACUUGACAAGGGAGGAGGCGUAUAUCCAAAAGCUCGAUGGCUCAACCGGUGCCUCUCUGAAGCUCACCGUGCUCAAUCCCGAGGGUCGGAUUUGGACCAUGGUUGCUGGUGGUGGCGCUUCUGUCGUCUAUUCAGAUGCCAUAGCCGCUCAUGGCUUCGCUCAUGAGCUUGCCAACUACGGCGAGUACUCCGGUGCGCCUACGGAAGGCCAGACCUAUGAAUAUGCGAAGACUAUCCUUGACUUGAUGACUCGUGGCACUCCUCGCCCUGACGGCAAGAUUCUCAUUAUUGGUGGUGGUAUCGCGAACUUCACCAACGUGGCGGCUACCUUUAAGGGUAUUAUUCGCGCCCUCAAGGAGUUCAAGGGUCCGCUUAGCAACCAUAGGGUUCGCAUUUUUGUCCGCCGUGGUGGUCCUAACUACCAGGAAGGUCUCAAAGCCAUGCGUCUACUCGGCGAGUCGCUUGGCGUCGAAAUCAAAGUCUACGGCCCCGACACCCACAUUACCGCUAUCGUCCCGCUUGCCCUCGGCAUUAAGACGGAGCCUAAGAACCCUAUUCAGUCCAUUCCGCCCACUGCUCCUGCCUCACCCAAGGCACCUGCCAUCGAUGGCCCGGGAUACACUGACCUUGGCGUCGGCGCGAUUCACCCCGACGGCGAGCGUACUCAGCCCAACGACCAGAUCGUGCGCUUCGAUACCACCGAGCAGGCCCACUCUGCGCGCCCCUGGUACCGACCUUUUGACGCCUCUACUCGCUCGUUUGUAUAUGGUCUCCAGCCCCGUGCUAUCCAAGGCAUGCUGGACUUCGACUACUCAUGUGGCCGUGAGACACCCUCUGUUGCUGCCAUGAUCUACCCUUUCGGCGGUCACCAUAUUCAGAAGUUCUACUGGGGCACUAAGGAGACGCUCCUCCCUGUGUACACUAGUGUUGAGGAGGCCGCGAAGAAACACCCUGAUGCCGAUGUCGUGGUCAACUUCGCUUCGUCGCGUUCCGUCUACUCCAGUACCCUCGAGAUCCUCAAGUUCCCUCAGAUCAAGAGUAUCGCUAUUAUAGCUGAGGGUGUUCCCGAACGCCAUGCUCGUGAGAUCCUUCACCUCGCCAAGGCCAAGGAUGUCCUCAUCAUCGGUCCUGCCACUGUUGGUGGCAUCAAGCCUGGAUGCUUCCGUAUUGGCAACUCCGGAGGUAUGAUGGACAACAUCAUCGCGUCCAAGUUGUACCGUCCUGGCUCCGUCGGUUAUGUCUCGAAGUCUGGAGGCAUGUCGAACGAGUUGAACAACAUCCUUUCACUCGUCACCAACGGUACCUAUGAGGGUAUUGCUAUUGGUGGUGAUCGUUACCCUGGCUCAACAUUUAUCGACCACCUUUCCCGCUACGAGAACGACUCCGAAUGCAAGAUGCUCGUCCUUCUUGGUGAGGUUGGUGGUAUUGAGGAGUAUCGUGUCAUCGACGCCGUCAAGAAGGGUAUCAUCAAGAAGCCUAUCGUUGCUUGGUCCAUCGGUACCUGCGCGAAGAUGUUUACCACCGAGGUGCAAUUCGGCCACGCUGGCUCGAUGGCGAACUCGGACAUGGAGACCGCCGAUGCAAAGAAUGCUGCUAUGCGUAAAGCUGGCUUCAUCGUCCCUGACACCUUCGAAGACCUCCCUCAGGUACUCCGCGAAACCUACGAGCGCCUUGUUGUCAGCGGCGCCAUCGCCCCCAAGUCUGAACGCGAGCCUCCUGUCAUCCCCAUGGACUACAAGUGGGCCCAGGAACUUGGUCUUAUCCGCAAACCUGCUGCUUUCAUCUCUACCAUCUCUGACGAGCGUGGCCAAGAAUUGCUUUACGCUGGCAUGCGCAUCUCUGACGUUUUCAAGGACGACAUUGGCAUUGGCGGUGUCGUUUCGCUCCUGUGGUUUAGGCGUCGUCUCCCGCCCUGGGCUACCAAGUUUGUCGAGAUGGUACUUAUGCUCACUGCUGAUCACGGCCCUGCCGUAUCUGGCGCGAUGAACACCAUUGUUGCGACACGUGCGGGCAAAGACCUCAUUUCCUCGCUCGCGUCUGGUCUCCUCACCAUCGGUAGCCGCUUCGGUGGCGCACUCGAUGAGGCUGCCGCCAUGUUCUCAAACGCCCGCGACACCGGCCUAACGCCGCGCGAGUUCGUCGACCAGUGCCGCAAACAGAAUAAGCUUAUCUCGGGUAUCGGUCACAAGAUUAAGAGUGUCAACAACCCCGAUCUUCGUGUCGAACUUGUCAAGGAGUAUGUCCAAAAGCAUUUCCCGAGCCAUAGCCUGCUCGACUAUGCGCUCGCCGUCGAGAAAGUCACUACCUCGAAGAAGGAUACGCUCAUUCUUAACGUCGAUGGAUGUAUCGCCGUCUGCUUCGUGGACCUGCUGCGCGACUCUGGCGCGUUCACACCCGAAGAGGCCGACGAGUACAUCAAGAUUGGUACGCUCAAUGGCCUGUUCGUCCUCGGCCGCUCGAUUGGUUUCAUCGGUCACCACCUUGACCAGAAGCGUCUGCGUGCGCCGCUGUAUCGUCAUCCUGCAGAUGACAUCUUCAUCAACAUGGCGGACCUCCAGCAGCCGCGCGUGCUCGGGAAAAUGGCGUGAAAGACGUGAAUAUGAAAUCAAACGGGACAGUGCUUGGGUCCGACGCUACCCUCGCCGCUGAACAUGGUGUAGUGCGAUAUCGAUUGCUGUCGUAGCUGGUGUAAAAUCACAAGUGUAAUGCAACUAGAUAGAAUUCGAGUUCGC